ACUGAGACUUUUAGCAAUGUUCUCCAGAGCAUCUUUGUUGGCAGUGGUACUUGCUUUUGGCCUGGUUUCUGGCCUAAGCAUUACUCUCAAGUUAAGUCCAUCGAAGCUGAAGUUGCCCACCAACAAGAAAGUCCUUGGUCUUCAGCAACAGACCGAAGUCCUGGCUGCUCAAAAUCCUGUUAGUUCGAAGUCCUGCUUCGACUACUACAUCCCCGUUCUCAACAGUGUGACAAUCCAGUACGAGGUGGCCUAUGCCCAGUGCCAAAAGAACUAUGACACCGCCAGUGACCUGGUGCUCAAGUCCUGGAACAGCACUCUUUAUGGCAUCCAGGCGGCUGGGGAUAGCGGCUGCACAACCUUCUUCGACUGCUCCUCAAUUGUGGACUACGUCCAGGCCUUUGAGUGCUUCGCCGACGUGGGAGCUGAGCAAGCAAAGACUAUGUACCAAGUGUCGGCAAAUGCCACCGAAGCCGGAUCGAGCAUCAAGAUCCACCUCCAGACUUUGGACACACAGCAGGAGAGCUGCAACAAUAAUGCUGAUAGGAGUUACGUGGAGAACACUGCCUACACCUACGAGGGACUAAACCAAUGCCUCUCUGGAGCACCCAUUCCAGAGGAUUCCCCAUCCCACAGAGUUUCACCAGUUUUCCCACAGUUGGAAGAGAUGUUCGACGAUAUCGGGGCAUCUAUCAAUGGUGGCUAUCCACCUAUCCAUCCUUUGACCUGUCCACACCCAACAAAAAAAAAAGUAAAGAUCGAGGGAUCUGUGGCGGUACAGGUAUACGAAAAUCACAAGCGUUUUAUUGCCCAACCAGUUUCGGCCGCCAUGCAAAGCAGUCCUACUCAGGAACCCGGGGAUCUCGGUCCUGAGAUUAUGAUCACCGAACUAAACCGAACCGAACUGAACUGA